AGUUGAUGGACGAUGUUUUUGAGCGUUAGAGAACAUAAUCGGCCUGUGUUUUGGGAGAAAUUUACCAUAUUCUUUACUCACACUGUGGAUAAAUACAUCGGGAACAUCUUGACAAAGAAAAGCUGAGUUUAGAUCAUGGUGGUAAACUCUCCGUCUCCUCUGCCUGAGAGAGCCAUUUAUGGGUUUGUCCUUUUUCUCGGCUCCCAGUUUGGCUUCUUUCUGUAUUGCCUGUGGGCAUUUGUACCAGAGGAGUGGCUGCAUUCAAUAGGGCUCACAUACUGGCCUCAAAAAUAUUGGGCCCUUGCAGCGCCGAUCUAUCUGCUGGUUGCAUUAGUGAUCUGUUUUGUGUUGCUGUUCGGAGUGAACAUGAACAACACGGCUCCACUCGACUCCGUGGACAAUGUCACAGCUUCUGAUGGGGUCAUUUAAGAAAAAGUUUGAGAACCACUGCCAUAAACUAACCGCA